AUGGCCCAGCCUCGCCUGGCAAGCCAGUCGAAUGGCGCCGGUAGCUCUACGUCCAACGACGCCUCCGGCCAAGCACCGACGCCCAGCGACAUCGUGAUAGCUGUGAUGGGAGUCACUGGGUGCUCGAAGACGACUUUCAUCCAGCACUUCUGUCUCCAGAAUCUCAACGUCGGGCAUGACCUCAACUCCUGCACAAGCAAAGUCGAAAUCGUGCCAUGUUUCAUGCCUGAUGGCAGGAAGAUCUUCCUCGUCGACACCCCCGGAUUCAACGACUCGCACCUCCGCUCCGACACCGACAUCUUGCGUGAGAUUGCCGACUGGCUGGCCCUCGGGUACGAGUUCAAAAUCAAACUCGCUGGCAUCAUCUACCUCCACCGCAUCACCGACACCCGCAUCAGCGGCUCGGGCAUGAGGAAUCUGCGUAUGUUCCGGAACCUUUGUGGUACUGGAGACCUCGGGAGUGUGGUUCUGGCGACUACGAUGUGGGAGUCCUGUCCUACGGGGAUCGGUGGUCAGCGGAUGCACCAGCUUCAAAGCCAGGAUGAUCUGUGGGGCCACCUCAUCAGUCAAGGCGCUCGUGUGUUCAAGCAAGAUCAAGGCCGCGUGUCCGCCCAGAGGAUCAUAGAUUACCUCAUGGAGCGCGCCACGCCGGUAACGUUGGACAUCCAACGCGAAAUGGUCGACCAGGGUUUGGAUUUGGAUGAAACGAGCGCCGGUCAGGAGGUGAAGGAGAAUCUUGAAAAGGACAAGGAAAACCACCACCAGCAACUGAGUGAGACCCGGGAGGGAUGGGAAGUGGCCGUCCGUGAGAAAGACCAAGCGCAACAGAUGGAGCUAAGGGACCGUUACAACGAAAUCAGAGGUUUGUAUCUGCAGCUCCAGAAGCAGAGUUCGCAGCUUGAGUUGCUCAGCUGGGAAAAGCUGCGCGCUGAGAUGAAGGAGCAGCAUUCACGGGACACGGAGGAGUUGAAGAAUGAGUUGAAGCAGCGACACCGGAGGCUCGAGAGGACUUCGGAUAGGAAUCUGCAGAGCACCAGGGAGUUGUGGAGGACGGAGGUGGCGGCGUGGAAGGCCAAGAUGAGCAGGAUGGAGAUGUGGGAGGCGUACCGCUACAAGUACCGGUUUGUUUGUGACGAUUGCGACCAAGCAAUUGUCACGAACACUCGGCCGAGGAGCUCUAAGCAGUGGUGUUCGUCUUGUGACGAGUACACGAUUUUCCGUUGGGGAGGGUGUAGGAAGAUAUAA